UCCGCCGCGGAGCGGAGGGCAGGGGAGGACGCUCCGGCCCUCGCCGCCGUCGACAGGAGCGGAGCCGCGGGUCUCGCCCCGCCGGGGGCAGCCGGAAGAAAAUGAGCCUGAAAUCUGAACGCAGAGGGAUUCACGUUGAUCAGUCGGAGCUACUGUGCAAGAAAGGAUGUGGUUACUAUGGCAAUCCUGCUUGGCAGGGAUUUUGCUCCAAGUGCUGGAGAGAGGAAUACCAUAAGGCCAGGCAGAAACAGAUUCAAGAGGACUGGGAGCUGGCAGAGCGGCUUCAGCGUGAGGAAGAAGAAGCAUAUGCCAGUAGCCAGAGCACACAAGGGGCACAGUCACUGACCUUUUCCAAGUUCGAAGAAAAGAAAACCAAUGAGAAAACACGGAAAGUCACUACUGUGAAGAAGUUCUUCACUGCUUCUUCCAGAACAGGAGCCAAGAAGGUGGCUCAAGAGAAAGGCGUUAAGCAAGAACAGCCUGGGAGGGAGCGAAAUGCUGAUAACAUUCUCAGGGAUUUGAAGGAGAUUUUUACUCCCUCCUGGGAACUGGCUUCCCCUACUGAAGUGUUGGCUGGCAAGCUGAAAGCAGAGAUCCAAGAAGCCAAGGCCCCCAGCCCUUCUAUAAACAGGCAGGCCAGCAUUGAGACAGAUCGGGUAUCCAAGGAAUUCACAGAAUUCCUCAAGACAUACCAUAAGCCCGGACAAGAUAUCUAUAAGCAAUGUAAACUCUUUUUGGACACGAUGAAUCAUAAAAGGGACUUAAGUAUUGAGGAGCAAUCUGAAUGUGCUCAGGACUUCUAUCAAAAUGUAGCAGAGAAAUUACAGACACGUUGGAAAGUGCCCCCUGAAAAAGUGGAGAAAGCAAUGGAUCAGAUUGAAAAAUACAUUAUGACUCGACAGUAUAAAUAUGUCUUUUGCCCUGAGACAACAGAUGAUGAGAAGAAAGAUCUUGCUGUCCAAAAGAGAAUCAGGGCUUUGCACUGGGUAACUCCACAGAUGCUCUGUGUUCCUGUCAAUGAAGAAAUCCCAGAAGUCUCUGAUAUGGUUGUAAAAGCAAUUACAGAUAUCAUUGAAAUGGAUUCAAAGCGUGUCCCUCGUGAUAAACUAGCAUGUAUCACCAAGUGCAGCAAGCAUAUAUUUAAUGCAAUAAAAAUCACAAAAAAUGAACCAGCUUCUGCUGAUGACUUUCUUCCAACACUUAUAUACAUCGUUUUGAAGGGAAACCCACCCCGUCUGCAGUCUAACAUCCAGUAUAUCACCCGCUUCUGUAAUCCAAGCAGGUUAAUGACAGGUGAAGAUGGUUACUAUUUUACCAAUCUGUGCUGUGCUGUGGCCUUCAUUGAAAAACUAGAUGCUCAGUCUUUAAACCUAAGCCAGGAAGACUUCGAUCGGUUUAUGACUGGUCAGACAUCCCCAAAGAAGCAAGAAUCCGACAGCUUCUCACCUGAUGUGUGCCUGGGUGUUAAGCAGAUGUACAAAAACUUAGAACUCCUGUCUCAGUUGAAUGAGAGGCAGGAAAGAAUUGUCAAUGAAGCCAAGAAGCUUGAGAAAGACCUCAUAGAUUGGACUGAAGGAAUUACAAAGGAAGUCCAAGAUAUUGUUGAGAAAUAUCCAUUAGAAAUAAAACCAAAAAGUCAAGCCUUAGCAGCUAUUGACUCUGAAAAUGUGGAGAAUGACAAGCUGCCCCCGCCACUGCAGCCUCAGGUGUAUGCAGGAUAAUUAUCAGUGUCACCCUUGAAAAGCAGCAUUAUUCUCACCUAGCGCUAUCUGCUACUUGGGGAGGGAACUAAAUUUAAGGCUAAAAAAUCAGAUGAGCUUAAAUCAGUACAUUUUUAAAGGUGCAUUUUGUUUUGGUCAAGUGUAAUGAAUUGUAUUUAUUUUAGGUGGAUUUCUAUUAGGCUUUUGUGGGUUUUUGAACUGAAUUUCAAUUUUCUACACAAACUGGUGUAAUUUUUAAGCAACACUAGUCCAUUGACUUCUUUCCUGAAAGCUUCCUCCUGGGCAUGCACUUACUUGUUUUUAAUGGUUAGUUUAACUUGAAUUCAAGUUCCAGCAGAAACUUGAAUGGCACCAAUGUGAGCCUGAAUUUCUCCUGUAGCUGUAAAGAUGAAAUAUAUAUUGUAAAAUAUGUAAAAUUGUAAAUAGAUCUCAAAUCUUAAUGUCUCAGCUGUGCAUGACAUCUUGUGUUUGAGUGAAAAUGAUACCCAAAGUAUUCAUUUUAACACCUUUUGGUUAAAUCCCAUUGCAGUAUAAGGCAAGUACACUGUUAAUUAUUCAAUAAGGUAGAUGGUAUUGAUUGAAUUAGAGGAAAUUGUUGUAAUGAUCUGAAAACUUCACACUAAUCUCAAUCUGCUCUGUAAAAAAAGUGCUAUUUAAAAGAUGGUAUUUCUCCAUGUGAACGUUCUCUCUGCUUUGUCAGUAUGACUGAUAACCUUUGGUGGUGCACAGAGUGCUGGUGUUACUGCUUCUGAAGAGGAUGUUGAGCCAGGCUUCCAAAAUAGGAAGAAAUACUUGUAUUGAAAAUACAAAUUCAUGAGGAGGAGGAGGAGAUAAUACAAGAGUUGCACCAGAAGUGGCUUUCUUUCCUCGCAUUGCCCAGUAACUUCCAUCAAUGGGUUAGGUCUUGAUUGCUGUUUUGGCAAUCCUGGUAGAUAAAUCAGUUCAUACAAUUAAGAGGUUGCUUUUCAGAAGAAGCAUGAGCAGAAAAGUGCACUUUACUUUCAGGAAGCAUCAGUCUUCUGAUCUUUAGUGGCCCUCCUUAGCAAAGGGACUUCUCUUGCUAAAGCACUGAGCAGCAAGGUAAAUAGGGCUUUAUGCCACUACAAGGUUAGAUGGGUGUAUUUCAAGUUAAGACUCACACUGCAGAGGGUAACCCCUUGCAAUAUGACUUUUUUAUGCAGUGAAACAUUUAUAUAUCAUUUGAAGUAUCUUCCAGUUCAGCCAGUCUGCCGUGACUUGUUGGUGUACCUGAGAUACCCUACGUAAAGCAACUUAGCUUGAACCAUGAUGUUAAAUUCUUACCAUCGAGGAGGGAAGUACCUACCUCUCUUUUAUGUUCUACUACUUUACAAACCUUGCCAUUGAAAACUUGCGCUGCAAUAAUUUCAGACCAUAACUGUGAUUUGUCCCUUGUAUUUAGCUUUAUGAACUAUGCAUUCCUAGCAUUCCAGAGACAGCCAGUUACCCAAAACUCCACUGCUAUGGGGAAGCAAUGAGUUAAUCGGAUGAUCAUAAGAAAUUUUAUUACUUAACAUAUCCAUCUGUCACUGCACUUAAAUUGCUUAAGAUCUGACCAUGUUUGCAGUAAAUAAAACUGUAAAGUCUUUAUUUUCUUUAUAAACAGUAGGUGCUAAUUCUUCUAUCCAGGUACACCAGUUUUCCCAAGGGGGGAGGAAGAAACCACCAAACUUAGAGCUAUUGUGUAAAUUGCCAUGUUUAAAUAAAAGUGUGUAUGUUAUUCCACUGUUAA